CAACAUCGGGCCAAACUACACAGCACUGCGUGCGGUGUGCGCACGGUUUGUGUAAUCAACACAUAGGAGUAAGCUCGUUGCAACUUUGGAGCGUCUCGCAUCGGCGCGGCGCGCGCUGUAAGUCUUAAUUUUUGGCAUCUACUUAAAACUGCGGGCGGGAGCGAAAGGCGAAAAGCUUUUUGUUAAGGGUCCUGACGUGAAUAACAAGAAGAGAACUUGUUGUUUUUAUACGUUUACUUGAUUGAUUUAGAACUGUUCAUUGAUCGCUUAUAAAUUCUAAUACCAAACAAUGGCACUUCAAAGAACACCUUCAAAAACCGCUGUGCCUCCUCAUUAUGGCUCCGAUUCGACGCUUUACGUUGGAGAUAGUGUGGAUAAACAGGAUUAUAAUAAAACAAAAAGACUUAAGCGCCGCUUAGAAGAUUCAACGGAGUCCAGUAAUUCUAUUUUAACAGAAUUGAGGGCCAUGAUUGGGGAUUUGAGAGUGCAACAGGAUUCCAAAUUGGAAACACUCAAAACUGCAAUGGAAAAUAUUCAAGAGCAAAACAUAGAUAUAAAAAUAUCCUUAGAGUUUAUGUCCGAUAAGUAUGAUGAGCUGUUGGAUAAAUUCAAUAGUUUACAGCAGGAAAAUUCUCAAUACAAAUCACGCAUUACCUACUUGGAAUCCAAAAUUGAGCAAUUCGAGAGAAAGUCAAGGGCUAGUUCAAUAGAAAUGAGAAACGUUAUCAAAAUGGAAUCCGAAAAUAGGUACUCAUUGAUAGAAUUAACAAAAAAUGUGGGAAAAUUAACAGAUGUGCCUAUUCAAGAUUGCGAUAUUCGAGAUGCAUUUCGUAUGAAAAUGAAGCAAAAUAUCAAUGGCCCUAUAAUUAUUGACUUCACUACUACUGUAUUAAGAGAUAAUUUUCUCAAGUCGGCCAAAUCCUAUAACAAAACAAACCCAGAACAGCAGUUUUCAACAACCAUAUUGGGACAGUCAGGUCCCCAAAAUUACAUAUUCAUAGGGGAAUCACUAACACCACAGGCCAAGAGACUACAUUACUUAGCCAGAGACUUUGCAAAAACAUUCGGUUAUAAGCAUUGCUGGACAUCCUAUGGAAAAAUUUAUUUGAGACGCAGUAAAAAUAAUCCACAUAUACGUAUUGACGGUGAAGAAGAUUUAACUAAAUUAAAAAAGUCUAAUUGACUAUAUUUUUUAAGUUACAUGUUUUUUUCAUUAUAUUUCAUAUAUUAUUUAAAUAUUUUCCAAAACACAAAUGUUUGUAAUCUAAAAUUACUUUAUGAAUAUCGAUGUUCUUUAACCAGUUUUUGUUUUAAACGUAGAGAACCCAAAUAAAAAUAAACAAAACAUAUUGAGUAAAUUUAUUAUUAAGAAACUGUCAAGAAAGCCUUUGCAUUAUCUAUACUUAUAAUAAAUCUG